UCUACGUCUACAAUUGGUUGGCUGCAAAACGCGUUUCAAAAAGGUAUUCUACCGAAGAAGGGAAGGGGGUCUGGGUUGACUCCAAGUGACCAUUUUCCAGUUUCAAAAUGUAUGCUUUCGAAUGAAGAACGUAGUAGUAGUAGUAGUAGGUUUGUUGUUGUAAGUUAGAGAGAGAGAGUUUCAUCCAAGUUGCAAUUCCAAGUUUAUUCGGUCAUGAAUUCUUCCCAUCAGAUCCAACUUGUGUUCUUCCUCUUAAUUUUGGCGCCUCCACUCUCCUCUUCCGACUUAAUUUCAGAUGCUGUUGUUGGUAGUGGAAGGAGUCUCCUUCAGACUUUGAAACCUUGCUCUGUGGACAUUGAACACCUAAACUAUACUAUCCUAACGAGCAAAUGCAAAGGACCAGAUUACCCUGCAGACCAAUGUUGUUCUGCUUAUAAAGAGUUGGCAUGCCCUAUUGCGGAUCAGCUCAACGAUGGAAGCAACGAUUGUUCUCAAAAGCUCUUCAACUACAUCCCCAAGGUCGGCCAAUAUCCGCCUUCCUUGUUCGGCAGUAUAUGCCGCGGUGGCAAAGAUGGACUCCCCUGCUUCCUGCCAGCACCCUCACCCACGUCUAACGCUGCCACUCCCGUCGCAUUAGGACACCCAAUCUUGGUUGGGUUGUUGCUUUUCGCACUCGCGUUUGUGCUAUGAAAACUCAACCUUUGAUCAUGUUUGUGAUGCAGCUAGAUUUGUUUUUCUUUUAUAAAUUAGGAUUUUCUAAAUUUAUUAAGUUUUUUUUGGUAUUUAUUUUCUUUCUUAAUUUAUUUAAAUAAGUUUAUGAGAAAUUGUUAACCAGUAUUUAUUAUUAAUUGGCUUCAAUAUUUUUUUCUUCUA